AUUUCACGGAAGUGCAGGUACUGGGCUCUGAAAAUGUGAUUCACAUGAACCCGGAACUUGUCUAAAACUUGUUGAUGCAAGGCGGAGGAUGGUAAGAACCUUACCCAAAUGUAGGAACAGUCCAUGAAUGUAAAGGAAAACCUUUGACUACGCACCAAGGAGGAAAAUGGACCAUCCUGUAAACUAUGACGCAUCUGAUCACUACCUAGAGCCAGAAAUGGAGAGCCCCGUUGACGAGGCAGCCGUCCAUGACUCCUUCAGUCACCUGAUCCAGGAACAGGCCACCCUGGAUGACCUAGAGAUGGAUCUGUUGGAGCUAGAUGAGGAGGCAAGAGAUGAUGUGGGUCAUCUGCUCCCUCCAAUGUCAUGUUCCAAUGGACGCUAUCAGCAAGAAUGUCCCCCAUCAGAUCAGUGGUCCUCAGCCACCUUGAGAAUUCUGUCCUCUAUGCCAAGCCGCACCAUAGGCCGCAGUCGUGGUGCCAUCAUUUCUCAGUAUUAUAACCGCACCAUGCAGUUACGCCGCCACAGACAAAGUCGCCCAUCCAUACGUGACUUCUCUCGUUCUUCACGACCAAGUAUCCGUGGUUAUGGUGGUGUGGAAUCAGACGGGGGAGAUUUAAAUGAAGAAGAUGCCAAGAGGGAGCGUCUUGUUAAUAACCUACGGAACCUGAGUAUGAGUGAUCGUGUGCGGAUGCUGAAGACGAUGCCCCUGAGUGUCAUGGAGAAGACAGAUCUCAGACGUCAGGCAUUUCGUCAUCGAGAACAUCCAUCCUCCAGUAGCAACAUACCUUGCUGCAGUCAGUUGAAGUACUACUUGAUGAUUGUGGCAAGGCAGACGUGGUACAGCUGGCUGUCGCUUCUGGCAUCCUUGCAGCUGUGGCAAACAGCACUCAAGACAGUCAGUGGACGUUUUGGCACCGGCGUCCUCUCCUAUUUUGUCUUCCUCAAGACUCUCCUUUUCUUCAACCUUUUUCUCACAUCAAUGAUUGGGCUAUUUUUAGUGCUUCCACAGGCAAUCUCCCCCCCGUUACGCUCAAACUCUACAGGUCUGUCUGGUUUGGAAUUGCUGACUGGAGGGGGAUAUUUCACAGAGUCUGUGCUAUUUUAUGGCUAUUACACAAAUGCCACGUUGGAGAAACACUGUCCAAAAGACAAUGAAGCGGGCUGCGGAAACAUUUCCUACAGCAUGUCCCUUGCCUACUUCUUUGUCAUUGGAGCUGCCUUCUUUGUUACCGGCAUCAUUCUCGUUUACACCAUGUCAAAGUUAUUUGGGCAAAGUUUCCGGAUUGAUAAGUCCCGGAACAUCCUGGCCAUGAAGGUAUUCUCCUCCUGGGAUUUUAAAGUAAUCAAGAAAACUUCUGUCAAACUGCAGUCCGAAAAUAUCUCCACCCAGCUCAAAGAGCUUUUGGCAGAUGUUGGCAGAAAGCGUAGAGAUAUCCCCAUCCCCCAGAGGCUGGCUCGAAUCGCACUGCAUUCAUUUGCCUGGACUUUGUGUGUCGGAAGCACUGUGGCCUGUGGAGUAGGCGUCUACUACUUCUCAGAGUUCAUGCACACGGACCUUGAGACUCGAGCUCAAAACAGAAAUUCUGCGUCUGAAAGCCCUUUAGUGAAGGAGGCUAGCUUGCUUGCACUACCUGCGGUGGUAUCAAGCAUCAAUCUUUUUCUUCCAGGGUUCUUCAAUAUAGUGGCCUCAUUGGAGAAAUAUGACUCACCCAGUGUCCGCAACUAUGUGGCCAUUUCUAGGAAUCUGAUGCUGAAAGUCACUGUACUUGGUGUUUUGUGCUACCACUGGUUAGGCCGAAUUGCGGCUCAACCCCAACGCCUUCACCUAGAGUGUUGGGAGACCUUUGUGGGGCAGGAUCUCUAUCGAUUCCUUGUCAUGGAUUUCAUCUUCACACUACUUGAUACAUUCUUUGGGGAGUUUUUAUGGAGGUUGUUCUCUCAGAAACUGCUGAAGAGGAAGAGAAAACCUGUGUUUGAUAUUGCACGCAAUGUCCUGGAGUUGAUCUAUGGCCAGACGCUUACAUGGAUGGGUGUAUUGUUUACCCCCUUGCUGCCAGCCGUGCAAAUUCUAAAACUCGUCUUCCUUUUCUACCUGAAGAAGACAAGUCUGAUGAUGAACUGUCAGGUGCCAAGAAGACCAUGGCGAGCAACUCAGAUGACCACCAUUUUCAUCACUCUUCUGUGUUUCCCCUCAUUUCUUGGAGCGGCCGUUUGUGUCACAUGCACGUUCUGGUCAAUCAAGCCAUCUGGAAACUGCGGGCCAUUCCGUGGCCUGGACACCAUGAUCCAGUCUGGAAAGACGUGGGUGAAAGAUUUAGAGGAGUCCAACUCUAAGCUGGCGUGGCUCACUUGGGUGCAUACCUACCUUGUAGAGAACCCAGUCAUCUUUCUCUUCAUCACUGCCAUGACUUUUAUCAUUGUCAUCUAUUUCCACACCCAGGUGGUGGAUGGACAGAGGAAGGUCAUCACACUCCUUCAAGAACAGAUUGCAAAUGAAGGGGACGAUAAGAAGUUUUUGAUCACAAGACUGCAAGCCAUUCAUGAACAGAACCGGCCAUUGUCUCCCAAUAGAAUCAGGCUAGAUAAUGAGGCCUCAAGUUAUUAUUGAACUGCAACAAAUUCAAACAUUGUCUUACAACCGGACCACCAGAUGGAAAUAGUUGAAUCACCCGGUAUAGGCAAACAGGUUGGACUUGAUCUGACUGGACCACAUUGACGGUGAAAAGUAAACCUACUAUUGAUCCAUAGCAGGGAUGCCAAAAUCAUUUCGACUAAGAGGCCACAUACAGUCAAUUUGAUCUCAAGUGGGUCAGACUUGGGAUCAGUACCGUAAUUGCAAAAUAUCGCAAAUGUUUGCUUCAUAUUGGUAUCAUGUCAGUUAUCUUAAGGUGGAUUUUAUGUAUAUUAGGAACAUUGCCGUUUUGCUUACCAUUUCCAGUUAAAGUCUUUCUCAAGUAUUGAAAACCUGAAGUCUCAGACACCUGUAGCGCCUUUGUAAUGGGCUAGAUAUUUACUUCUUUUUGACAUUUUUUUUCCAAGUCUGGGACUACAAUGUAUUAAACCAUCUGGCGGGCCACCAGAAAAUUGUUUUUGCCUGGCGAUAUCUAGUACUGCUCCAAUACAAAACCCAUCUUUCGAUCAUAACAUUUUGUGUGUAACAUUUUUUUCUGUAGCUUGGAGGGCUGCAUUGGUAGCACAAUCCAACAGGAUACAGGAAGUCGUUUGGUGACAUGAUUCACAUAAAUUCAAAUAAUUCUAGGCAGUGGCUUUCUCUUUCACUAGAAAACACAGAACCACUGCACAACUUGCAAAGAUAAAGUAGAAAUUCAUUAGAAUGAAUUACAUUUACUUUUACUGCACUUUCUGUGUUCAACGUUCACUUCUUGGGACUCUUUUGGAACUACAAAUGUAUUUCAAUGGCAAUUUGUGUGUCAAAGGCUCCAUGAGCUGCCAUCUUUGUUUAAAAAUGGAAAACGGAAGUCAAUGGGAGUAGCAUAACUCUUACUUCCAUGACUCUGGUUUGAAUGCCUAACAGUUGAUUCCAGAGUUUUUCAGUACAGUGCCAGACUAUACCUUAUACAGUAUCUUAUACCUUAGCUAUAGCUAUAUACCUUACUACUUACCUUAUAUAUACUGUAUAUAAAUAUAUAAGUAUGGACUCUGUCUCCAUUGGGAUUUUUUAAAGAGCAAUUGAUGAAUGCCAAUUUUUGCUGAGACUGUUUCAGUUCAUUUUUUUAAUUAUGUGUUAGUGCUUUAUGUAAGUUUAUUUUCCUUAUUAUGUGUUAAGGUGUCUGUCUGCAUCUGGAACGUUUUUUUUGGCUGCCAUUUUGACCAGGACUCCCUGGCAGAAGAGACACUUAGUCUCAGUGGGACAAUCCUGGCUAAGUAAAGCAUAAAUAGGUUUAUUAGGUUUGCCAGGCUUAUUGAUCUACAGAAAAAACAUUCCUAAAUUGUGCAUUAUUGCCAAAUGAAUUCAAUUUUCUAAAGUGAACUGUUUUUGAAUGUCUUUCAGUUUGAGGGUAACUGUGAAAGCAUUCUUUGUGAUGCCAUUGUUGUGCGGCACCUGUUAUGACUAGCUUUGGAGAAAAUCAUGGCAACAUUUUAUUAACAUUUCUGAACUAGAAGUGCACUCAGAGUGCAGACCUCCGCCAAGGAAGCUGUUUGAUAGAACAUUUGACUAUGUUGCUCCCUAUUUUAGUCUUUCUGCCUUCUUUUUGGGCGCAUCCAGGCAGACUGAGAACCGGGCCGGUGUCAGUUCUUGCACCUAAUCGCGAACCGGCUGUCGUGUUCACAACACAGAAAUUAGCGUUCGCGAACCGGAAAGUUUGUUUGUAAUGCAAACUGCAAAAUACUUGUUUUUUUCUCCGCGAACCAUGAUGGCAACAUGGCCAUCAGCAGGUUCAUCUGGAUAACACAGUCUUGUGCAGAAACAGUUCAGAGCCCGAUAUGAACACGGGUGGUUUGCAGAUGAGCACUUGAGUGAUGAAUACAACUGGUGCGGGCACCGGUCCGGCACAGGCUCCGUUCUGGUCGGCCUGGAAACCCCAUUUGUGGAAUUAGAAACUGAAAGGUCAAAAUUCCCCCUGUCCCGCAAUUCCACAUGCGGUCACUAGGGGUGUCUAGAUUUCUAUGCUAGCAAUGGUGAAGAAUCUUUCAAAAAAUCCUGGUUCCGGAUAGUGGUCUGGAUCACCAACAAAAUGUAAUCACUUGUUCCUUUUGCCAUUUCCAACAACUCCACAAAGUUAGGGCCUACAUCCAAAUCCGUUCAUAUUUUUUUUUACUGUAUUGGCCUGAAUAUAAGAUGUGGUUUUAAUAAAAAUAGUAGGCUUACUCUAAAAAGGGUCGUCGUCAUAUUUUCUCGGACUAGACUAAAUAGCGUCAAUUUUUAUUUUUUUAUUUUAACUUAACCUGAAUGCGGCUAUUAUGCUUCACAACAAUGCCACAAAACUCAAUAAUGGAUAGAUCAAGAGAUUGUUUUGUCCAUAUCAAAUUUGCAGAUGCUAUCUGCGUUUCGUGAUGAAUGUUGCACCGCACGUCUAUCAACUGUCAAUGUCAACGCGAUGCGGGCCGACAGUGCGAGGGGAAAAACACAGCUGUUAAUCGCAAAUUUGUGCUCUGCUUUUAUUUGUGUUCGGUUUUACAGUCUCAUCAGGAAAGCUUUGGUGGAGCUCUCUGCACCACUUGAAACUAAAGAAAUGAAGGGUGAUCUGACGAACAACCUGUAGCCAAAGCUAAGUUUUGGACGCUGUCACCAGCCAAUCAGUGGUCAUCUGUUUGUGCGAGAGAGCGGCGCCUUCGACAAGCGGUGCCUAUUUGACGAUAUCUCUCACAACAAUGCAACAACACAGAGUAAUGGUUAGGGCAAGAGAUUGUGUUGUUCCUACAAAAUCACUAAGAGUUUUACCCUUGGCACGAAAUGAAUGUCACCGGACUUCUAAUGUUAACGUGGUGCUGAUAGGCAGCGCAUGGGUUUCAAAUGGAAUGCGUCAAUCUGCUUUUGGUCACGUUCGGUUUCUACAGUCCAACGGAAAACUUUGGAUGCAUAAAAUGAA